AUGUUGGUGCCAUCUGCUGCUCUUCUCCUCCUCCUUGCGGUGGCUGGCUGCGCCGUCGCCCAAGAUCCCGCUGAGGGAUGGCUUGGCUACGCCAAGGGUGUCAACCCAAGCGGCGAGGGUAUCAUCACGUACAUUGAGGCCAAGUGGCGGGUUGGCUCCAACCCUCGCCGUGGGGGCGCCUUCUUCUCCCCUUGGUUUGGCAUUGAGACCUCUGACAACCUCAACCUCAUCCAGCCCGUCAACCCUUGGACUGGCAAUCAGUGGCAGAUCUACAACGAGUAUUUCCAGUGGGUGCCCACCCACAACUACAACAGCGAGGCCCACGUUGUGCGCCCCGGCGAUGUGCUCUUUGGCUCCGUCUCCUACAACCCGUCCAAGAACUCAUACACGGUGUUCCACAAGGACAUGAACGAUGGCUGGAGCGUGACGACGGAGAUCCCCGUGCAGCGCUCUGGUGGCGACUACAAGAAGUACACCAUUGUGUACUUUGUGUUUGAGAAGGAGUGGGACUGCGACCAGUAUCCUCCAGAUGGUGAGGUCACCUUCUACGACAUUAAGGUCCAAUACAACAACCAGACGGUCAGCCCCCAGUGGACCACUGCUUACGUCGACGACGUCUGCAACAACCGCGCCCACAUCGUGGACGAGUCCACCAUCAAGAUCACCUGGGACACCACCAACUAA